CUGGUAUUAUUAUGACUGUAGUUGUCAAACAGAAGAAGGAAGUCGGCAAGCAAUUUAUUAUUUUUACGUAUACAAGUGAUAUUAUUACAUGAAAUUUAAUUUUAACCCCGUAUCUAAGCAUUUUGAAACAAUAAUUGAUAAAGCUAGAGCUCUAUAGGAUGUGAUUGGACACCUGUGGCAUCGAUUGUUAUGAACAACAGGUAAUUUUAUAGGUAUUAAUGUGUUGACAUAAUCUAAAUUUAAUAUUCCUUGCAUGUGUUGCGUUGGUGUGUACUUGUGUGUGUUACUGUGUAAACGUCAAAAUUCUCGGAAUCCGGCUGGAAUGAAUUUUGUUGCGGACGUACACGCUUCGUUCAAUACAUGUAAAAUAGUUUUUAUUCUCUUGCCCCGGGCAGAGCUUCCACUUCCCAAGCUCGUGUAAGGGUCGACUUGAAAAAAUAAGUAAAUAGAAUAGCUGAAGGAAAUUACAGGAAUAUAAACAAAAAUAAAUAAAAUGUCGCUGUGGGCGAGAGCACAGCAGUUGCCGCCCGAGAGCCUGCAAAAGGUGCGUGCAGUUUAUGGGGAACACUUUCCCAUCGAAGUUCGUCAUUGUCUCGCAACUUGGAUCGAGAAUCGAAUAUGGACUCCAGAACCGGAGGAGCAACAGAGAUUCUUCGUCGAAGAACUCGUGCAGGAGAUCCACACGCACACGGAGCUAAUGCUGUCUCCAGAGAUGUUCGUCACCAAAAUGAAGCUCAUCGAAGCCGCUAAGCUGUUCCGUAUGCAGUACAGCCACGCCCCCCACGAGCUAUACACAUACAUGCGACGAUGCUUGGCUCUGGAAAUGGAGGUGAUCCAGAGUGCCAUGGGAACGCCGUAUAUAGCUCAGCCGCAGACAGAGAGGAAAUAUAGCGAGCUCAUAACUGGUCUUCAGACAGUGCGUCAGAAGGUGAACAUGGCGAGCGAGGAGAUAAGAAGCCUCCAGGCGAACAUAGAGUCGUUCUCCCUCCAAUACCACGAGUGUCUGAAGAAUAAAGGUCACAUAAAUUAUCUCCAGCAGUCUGGACCGAUGACGAACGAGCGACGGGAACUAGAAGCCUGUCUCAGGGUCCAGAUUGAGGAAAUGGAGAGGAAAUUGAACGCUCUGGUGGCCCAAAUCAACCAGUCGCAGAUGGAACUCGUUGAUCACAUGAAGGAAAAUAUCACUAAUCUCAGACAGUUGCAGAGCCAAGUGCUGGACGAGGAGCUGAUCAAAUGGAAACGCGAACAGCAACUCAGCGGCAAUGGCGUACCGAUGCAGUCGAAUCUGAACACGAUACAAGAAUGGUGCGAGCUGCUGGCCGACCUCAUCUGGAGCACGAGGCAGCAGGUCAGCAACGUCGCCCGGAUCAACAGCAAGACUAUAGCGGAACUGAGGCAGGCGCAUCUCGCCGAAAUGUUGGACGACAUGAGCAAACAGGUGACGAGUUUGCUGUCGACAUUGGUGACAUCAACGUUUGUAAUCGAGAAACAACCGCCCCAAGUGAUGAAGACCAACACUCGUUUCACGGCUACAGUCCGCCUGCUCGUGGGUGGUCAGCUCAACGUGCACAUGACGCCGCCGCGUGUGACGGUGGUGAUAAUAUCGGAGCAGCAGGCGCAGCUGCUGCUGAAGAGCGACACGCAGAGCGGGCGCGGCAAGCAGCCGGUGGAGUGCGGGGACAUCCUCAACAACAGCGGCUGCAUGGAGUACCAGCCCACCAGCCGCCAGCUCAGCGUCAGCUUCCGGAACAUGCAGUUGAGAAAGAUAAAACGCGCCGAGAAGAAAGGGACGGAGAGCGUUAUGGACGAGAAACUCACUCUGCUAUUUCAGUCUGAGUUCAACGUCGGAGGGGGAGAAUUGGUGUUCCAAGUGUGGACGCUGUCGCUGCCGGUGGUGGUGAUCGUGCACGGCAACCAGGAGCCGCACGGCUGGGCCACGGUCACGUGGGACAACGCCUUCAGCCCGCCCGGACGAGUGCCCUUCGCGGUGCCCGAUAAGGUGUCUUGGGGUCAACUGGCCGAGACUCUGCGUAUCAAGUUCUGCUCAGCGACCGGCGGUGAUCUCUCCGAGGAUAAUUUGCGAUUCCUCGCCGAGAAGAUAUUCAGGACCAGCCUACCGCUGAACAGUAUGGAGCUGAACAGCAUGACCGUGAGCUGGACGCAGUUCUGCAAGGACGCUCUUCCGGAGCGAAACUUCACAUUCUGGGAGUGGUUCUACAUGGUCGUGAAGGUCACGAGGGACUAUCUGCGGACGCUUUGGUGUGACAGACUGAUAAUGGGCUUCAUCCAGAAGAAGCAAGCUGAGGAGAUGCUGGCCAAGUGUCCUCCGGGCACUUUCCUGCUGAGGUUCUCUGACUCCGAGCUCGGUGGUAUCACUAUCGCUUGGGUUGGGGAGGCGAAUGAAGUCUUCAGUCUCCAGCCGUUCACGUCUCGCGAUUUGAUGCUGCGCUCCCUCGCGGAUAGGAUCUUGGACCUGGCUCAGCUGCAGUUCCUGUACCCGAACGUGGCGAAGGACGAUGUGUUCUCGAAAUACUACACUAAACCUGAGAACGAGAUGCUGAAGAAUGGCUACGUGAAGCCAGUUCUGGUGACCACCUUGCCGCCGUACAUGUCCGCGUCGCCGGCGUACGCGCACUCGCCGGACUCGCACAGGAACACGCCCAGUGUGCACAGCAGCUACUUCAGCGCUGCAACGCCAGCUCAGACCGAGAGCACCUUCAUGGAUAGCGAUCUGUUUGAACAGAUACGCGCCUUCGAGCCUGAUGGAUUUGAGGACUUCGACUUCUACGGAGGAAAUGUGGCAAUGAAGUGAGAUGCAGAACAGAAUUACCAGUAGCUAUAGAUUAACAGCUUUGAGUCAAUUAUUUUAAGAUCUAGUUGAUGUCAUUUAUUAUCUAUAUUUGUGCCAUAGACAAGGAAAAUGUAACUGUUAUUCUUUUUAAGAAAUUUCAGCUUCAUGUACUUAUUAAAUUAA